AUGCCUGCCGACUCGCGCAUGUCCCAUCACCCAGCCAACUACCCACCCCCUGGCUAUGGCUCCCAGCCAUCGCAUCCCGGGAUGCACCACCACCACCCGUCCAGGUCUAACGGACCCCCUCCCCCUCCUAUGCCUGUCGGAGGUCCCCCCGGUCCGCCCAUGCCUGUAGGCGGCCCACCCUCCAUGCCCAUGUCCGUGCCCCCUCCAGAGGCCGUCCCGCCUCCUCCAGCUCCCGUGUCCAACGGCCACAGCCACGGCACACCUGGCCCUCCUGGGUUGAGCCCAGCGGCGAGAGCAGGCAAGGAGAAGCAGGACAACGUUCUUCAGCAGUUGGCUGCGGCCAACGAGAACACCUGGAUGUUGAUCGGUGCUGUGUCUGAGCAGAUGAACGACCAGGACCGCGCGCUGGCCGCGUUUGAGAAUGCGCUACGCCACAACCCCAACUCGGUCCUGGGUCUCAACGCGGUGGCCUCGAUCGCCCGCAGCAGGGACCAGUUUGACAAGGCCAUCGAGUACUUUCAGCGCAUCCUCAACAUCAAGCAGGACAAUGGCGAGGUCUGGGGAUCCAUGGCAGGCCUGCACUACCUUCCCAACCCAAAAGAGCCCAAGCUCUGGUACGGCAUCGGCAUCCUUUACGACCGUUACGGCUCGUUUGAGCAUGCCGAGGAGGCAUUCUCAAGCGUGCUUAAAAUGGACCCUAGCUUUGAGAAGGCAAACGAGAUCUACUUCCGCCUGGGUAUCAUCUACAAACAUCAGCGCAAGUAUGCGGCAUCGCUUGACUGCUUCAAGUACAUUAUCAACAAUCCUCCGCGCCCAUUGACGUCGUGGGAUAUUUGGUUCCAGCUUGGUCACGUCUUUGAGCUCGACUCGGACUAUGAGUCUGCGCGUGACGCCUACAUGCGUGUUCUGGGCCACCAGCCCGACCACGCAAAGGUCCUCCAGCAGCUUGGUUGGCUGUACACCCAGCCGGCGGCUCCGUUUGCCAACCAGGACCAAGGUGUCGCAUACCUCACCAAGAGUCUCGAGACCGAUGGCAACGACGCCCAGAGCUGGUACCUGCUUGGCCGUGCGUUUAUGGCUGGUAACCGCUUCAACAAGGCGUACGAGGCGUACCAGCAGGCAGUGUACCGUGACGGUCGCAACCCCACGUUCUGGUGCUCCAUUGGUGUGCUCUACUUCCAGAUCAACCAGUACCGUGACGCCCUGGAUGCCUACUCGCGCGCCAUUCGCAUCAACCCUUACAUCUCCGAGGUGUGGUCCAACCUUGGCAGCCUUUACGAGUCGUGCAACAACCAGAUUACCGACGCCAUUGACGCGUACUCGCGUGCCGCCGAGCUUGACCCCCAAAACCAAAUCAUCAAGCAUCGCCUCCAGCUUCUCCAGCACGGCGGAAACCAGCAGCUGCCCCCUCCUCCUGUGCCCAUCGACGUUCACCCCUCGCAGUACACGGUACAGCCCGGCGGUGGCCAGUACGGCGCCAAUGGCAGCCCCGGAGACUCGCCUCGCAUGGGCCCUCCACCUCCCCCUGGGCCCAUUGGAGGUGGACCGGACCGCCAGAUUGCCGAGCCUGGAACUCGCGACUUGCCUGCGCCACCUGCAGAGUUUGCCAGGCCACACUCUCCCGGCGCAGGUGGACCCUUCCGCGGUGCCGUGCCGCCGCCCCUCAAUCAGGUCGACGAGUCGCGCGGCGCAAUGUCGGGUCUUGCACGCCUGGCACCGAUCGACACGGACAGACCCGAGCCUCGCGACCUUCGUGACUCGUACCGCGAUGGCCCAGGCCCCGCAUACAACGGUGGUGGCCCUCCCAUGGGUGCUCGCUACGACCCAGCUCACGAGGCCGCUGCCCGCCGUCACCAGUCGCCUGGUUCUCCUCGCCGUCGCGGUGGACCCGGACCCGGCCCCGGCCCCGAGCCUGGCCCGCCUCAGCCUUACCCGGGUUAUCCUCCCCCUCACCCAGGCUAUCGCGAGCGCGAAGAGUGGGAGCGCCGCGGCGGUGGUGAUCCUCGGGACCCUCGGGACCCUCGCACCAUGCAGCCCCAGCACGAUCCCCGCCAGCCGUCGCCUCGCCUCCCGGAGCGUGGCCACCCCGGUCAGGACCCGCGCGCGCCAAUGCACCGUAUGCCGUCGGGAGACCUUCGUGAUCCUCGUGACAUGCGCGACCCUCGUGACAUGCGCGACCCCCGUGAAAUGCGCGACCCCCGCGACCCGCACGGCGAUCCCCGAGAGGUUAGACCCGACCCCCGCGACCCCCGCGAGUUCCAGCGUGGUCCUCCAGAGGGCUACCCGUACCCGAGCUACGAGCAGCAGCAGCAGCAGCAACAGCAGCAACAACAGCAGCAACAGCAACAGCAACAGCAGCAUCAUAUGCGCGGCCCUGCGGCUCCAUACCCACCCCCCUACGACCCUCGUCGCGACGAGCGGUACCAGGAGGAGAUGAAGCCCCGCAUGGACCACCCGAUGAACGGCCGCGGCAUGUCUCUGUCCCGCGAACUCCCUCCCGACAGGCGUGCGCCGAGUCCCGCGGCGUCGACGAGCUCCAAGGCUUCUGUGAAGCGCAAGGCCUCGGACAAUGAAAAGCGCAAGGCGCCACCGCCCCAACAACCGCAGCAACUGCCUCCUCCUGCCAAGAAGGGCGAUCUCAAAAAGGACAAGCGCUUGAACGGCGACGGCACGUCGUCUCCUCGCACUGCCGCGUCGCCUGCGCCAUCCCAACAGGCUUCGACUCCUCGCCAGGCGCCCCCGAGCCGCACUGUGGAUGAAGAUUACGACGAGGGUGUGGACGCUCUCAUGUUCCUCCACUCUGACCGCCGAGCGUCGACAUCGUUCCCAUCUGGCACUGCUGCUCCCACUCUUGACAAGACUUCGCCUCCCAGCUCUGUGGCCGGCACAAAGCGCGCGACUCCUCCUUCACCCGAGCUCUCGCGCCCCAACACGGAGAAAAAGUCGCGCGCCUCGCCGCCCGUGACCAGCCCCGCGAAGCGCACCACUGUCAUUGAGGUUCUCAACCAUCCCGGCCCAGAGCGUCGCCAGAUUGAGGUUCUCAAUGCGCCCCGCAUGCACUCUGCCAACGACUCGAUGCGGCCCCACAGCGCCAAGUCACCCCCUCCCCGUUCCCCAGAUGCGCCCAUGCACCCUGCGUCCAAAUCUGCGUCGCCAAAGUCGCCCGCGCGCCCAACGACCAAGCCCUCGCCGCGGUCCCCCGAGGCGGCCACGUCGGCUACCAAGUCGCCCGAGCGCGCCGCCGAGCGUGAGCGUGAGCGUCCGUCGGCAUCGCCCAAGGCGCCUCUGAGCACUGCCAGCGACAAGAGCGGCAAGGCAUCGGCAUCGGCCGCGUCAGCCUCCGCCGCGCCUGCCCCAGAGAAGGAGCAGGAACAAGAAGAUGUCGAGAUGGCCGACGCCGAGAAGGAGAAGGAGUGA